GUUCACUUUCCUUACCCCUUAGAUACAGGAAACAUUCCCAGGCUGGUUUUAUUUUGGAAAUUCUCCAUAGAGGAGGCAAAGGAUUGGGAAUCUCAAGGCACCCCCUCCUGACUGGAUAUCUCCUUUAGCUGUCUUGGCCUGAGGUGUCCCCCUCAGGCUGCCUGAUGAGUGUCCCAUUAAUUACCCCCCAUUAAUCAGUUUUGAUUCAACCAAAGCCCUUUAUCUCUGUUCAUUCAAUGAGGGGGGACAUGGAACGGCUCCUGUUACUGAUGUUAAAUCUUAGUUUAGUGUUAUAAUUCUUUAAGUGUCAGUACCAUGCUGUAGUACCUGCUGUCACAUGAUUUUAUUGUGUGUCCUCCUCCCACUGACAGCUCUGUUCAGGCAAGUUUUUAGUUCUCUGUGGGUUUAUUUAUCCUGAAUGUUGCCUUCCAACCAUCACUUGGUUCCCAUAAAAAAAGCAGCAGCAGUUCUGCCACAUCUCUGGCCUGUCCCAGGUUCCUGUCCCUGAACUGGGGGGUCAGUGGGGGAUCCUGGGGGGCUCAGUGGGUGAGGGCAUGGCCAGGGCUGGGCUUCCUGACCAGUUCUGGUUGGUUGAGGAGCCACAGGAAUCCUGCAGCUGCACCCCUUGGUGGGGGAAUCAAAUCCUUCAUCUCUGCUGCUGGGCUGGGAUGCUCCCAGUCAGUCACAGUAUCCCAGACUGGUUUGAUUGGGAGGGACAUUAAAUCCCACCUUGUGCCAUGGGCAGGGACCUCUUCCACUAUCCCAGGCUGCUCCAAGCCCCAGUGUCCAACUGUUGCUUUUUAUCUUCUUUUUAGAAGUCUCUCCACAGCCUCAGAUCAAAUGCAGUGUUUCCUUGGGGGUCAGUGCCUGUCAGCACAGAAAUCUGAAAUUCUCAGUGACUGGAGUUCCAACAUCCAGCCUGGCCUUGGGCACUGCCAGGGAUCCAGGGGCAGCCACAGCUGCUCUGGGCACCCUGUGCCAGGGCCUGCCCACCCUCACAGCCAACAAUUCCUUCCCAAUCUCCCAUCCAGCCCUGCCCUCUGGCAGUGGAAGCCAUUCCCUGUGUCCUGUCCCUCCAUCCCUUGUCCCCAGUCCCUCUCCAGCUCUCCUGGAGCCCCUUCAGGCCCUGCAAGGGGCUCUGAGCUCUCCCUGGAGCCUUCUCUUCUCCAGGUGAGCACCCCCAGCUCUCCCAGCCUGUCCCCAGGGCAGAGGGGCUCCAGCCCUUGGAGCAUUUCUGUGGCUUUGUCAGCUGCUGUAGAAGUGACCUCAGACUCCUCCAGCCCUCGCUGUGGUGUCCAUGUCCUGCUCCAGUUUGGGCACUCUCUGUUUCUGACAAUCCUGAGCUCCAGACUGCAAAGAUUUGGAAAGAGAAAGGUCUUCCCUUCCAGAGAAGGGCCUGGAACAUUUUUUGUCAGGACAUUUCUCCUUGCCAGAAUAAGGAGAUGCCUUGGGUGGAGGGCAGGUUUCCAGGAUGCUUUAGGCAGGUGCCAUUGGCAAUUCCAGCUGUUCCAGUGACUCUGGGCAUCCCAUGGAGGGAAAAGUCCUUACAAGGCAUCUGUGUGAGGCUUUCUAAGAGGGAUACUGGGGGUUGAAAGUCCUCAGGCUGCUGCUGCCCCUCGUGAUUCUCAUUCCUGGGGUGAAGCCCUUUUCCAGAGCAGCCUGUUGAGCUGCGGGGUGUGAGGGGAAGGUUUUCCAUACAUUUACUUAUUUCAGCCCAUUAUCUGCCCCUGUUCCCCUCCUCCUGCUCUGGCUCACUCUCCCCUCCCGGUGUUCCAGUGCUGAUGGGGUUGUACGUGCCAGUCCCCAUGAGGAUCCCAUUCCAGACACUCAUCCUCCUUUAGAAAACAUCCAAAGUCAAGGCCGUGCAUCCCUACGAGCGAGCGCAACAGCUUCGAUUGUUGCACGUUUCCAAAAGGAGCUGCGGACCCAAAAAUAGAACAAAAAACGUUUCUUUGCCACCUCCCUCGCUCCUCUGCAGCGCGACAGCCCCGGGGCGGCUCAGGGGAGGUGGCUGUGCCUCGGCCACUCAAGGCCACCCCUGGUUAAAAGGGAGACGCCGUCCUCCCUCCUCCUGCCGAGGGCUGGGGAUGCGAGAGCUGCUCCAGGGAAGAGCUGAGCUGGGACCAUGAGCGCUCUCGGGGGGCUCCUGCUGUGCCUGGUGCUGCUGCUCCCCUCCGCAGCUCUGCCCAGGAAAGAGGAGAGGGAUUCCCUGAUGGAGCUGAGCCUGCCGGAGCAGCUGGGGCUGGAAGCAGAGGGGAGGAAGGUGGGAAAUGGAAGUUUGCAGGAGGCACCCAGGUCCAGGAGGGCUGCUGCCACUCGCCUCUUCUCCAAGCCUGAGCCGGGAGCCGAAUGCCCGCAGGGAAUGGCUGAGGAGGGCCCGGUCGGGUCCCGCUCCAGCCUGCAGCCCUGGCCCCUGGGGGGCCUGGAAGGGCCCGUGUGCAGGGUGAGGAUGGAGCAGGGCGGGGGCACCCUGAGGCACCUGGAGGUGGUGGGUGUGCUCAGCCACUACGAGAGCAGCUUCAUCAAACUGCUGAGGCGGCGCCGGAGCUGGGACGGGAACUUCCCGGGGACCUUCGGGCUGUGCGGGGCCGGGGACGCAGCGGCUGCUCCCCAUCCCCUGCAGAGGAUCCACCGGCACGUGCUGGAGCCGGGGCCGGAGAGAUUCCUGGUCCUGCACCUGGAGGAAGUGCAGUGGGAAGCGCAGGUGAAGCUGCGGUUCCAGCUGAUUUUCCAGGCCGAGGUGGGACGGGCUCUGGGAGAGCUGCAGGCCGCCGUGAUGCUCUUCUACCUGGGCCACCGGGAGGGCUCCGGGCACCCGCAGGAGCUGCAGGUCACCGGCCCGGGGCUGGCUCGGGACCAGAGGCUCUGCCUCUCCAGGGACACUCAGUACCUGGCGCUGGCAGCGGCCGCAGCCUCGGUCACCCGCAGCGCGGAGCGGCUCCGCUUCUCGGCUUCUCUGGCCGUCCACGGCGGAGCGGGAGCAGGUGCCCCCCUGCCCCGCACGGAGGUGCAGCAGCUCCUGUUCGGCUCCGAUGACAAAUGUUUCACCCGGAUGACCCCGGUGCUGCUGCUGCUGGCCAAGUCACGGCAGCAGGAGGAGGAGGAAGAGGAGGAAGAGGAGGCUUUGGCCCCAUCCUCCUACCUCUCUGCUGAGAGGGUGGUGGACACGGCUCCGUACCCACAGUUCAGCCCACCCCAGGCCGGCACCGAGGAGCUGCCGACCCCCACUGCCCCCAGCCAAGCCAACGCUUCGUCCCCAGCGCCCGGUGGCAGCGCCCAGUUCCUGGCAAUCCUGACCCGGUUCAUCCGGCAGCUCCUGAGCUCCUCCAGCGAGCCGCCCCCCCAGCCCAGUGCCCACCACUGGCUGGACUUCGAGGUGAUGGAGACCCUCCCUCACCAGCUGCUCAACCUGUCGGAGGAGGCGGCGCUGGAGCGGCUGGUGCAGUCGGAGGAGCCCUCGGUGCUGCUGCUGCCGCAGGACAGCGGGGCCGUGCUGGAGCAGCACCUGGGGGACUGGCAGCCGGAGGGCACCGUGCUGCAGCUGCUGAUGGGCAAACUGCAGGUGCUCAUCCAGGAGCUCAGGGACAUCCCGGCUUUCCAAGCCAACGCGGCGCUCUUCCAGCGCCUCCUGACCUUUUGCUACUUCCCCGUGGGGCCGGGGCAGGCCGAGGCGGCCGAGCGGGGCCCGGGCUCUCGGAAGCUGCGCACGCUGCUGCUGCUGAAGGCGCUGCAGUCGGUGCGGGCGCGCUGGCAGGAGCGCAGGAAGGUGCAGCGGCAGAACCGCAGCGCUCGGCACCAGGCGCACUGCCGGCUGCAGGAGCUCACCAUCGACCUGCGCGACCGCCACUUCAUCGUCAUGCCCACCGUGUACGCGGCCAACAACUGCGAAGGGCCCUGCCGGCUGCCGCUGUCCACGCGUGUCCCCAGCUACUUCUCGCACACGGUGCUGCUGCUGGGCAUGCAGGAGCGCGGCUCGGCGCUGCGCAGGGCUCCGUGCUGCGUGCCCGUGCGCUACUCGGACCAGCUCAUCAUCAGCCUCUCCUCGGACGGGCUGGAGAUCCGCAAGUUCCCCAACAUGGUGGCAGAGGAGUGCGGCUGCCGGUGAGGCUCCCGCCG